AUGCAGCUGCUGUUGUUCUCCAACACGCUUGAGCUGAGCCUGUGUGACGUAGGUGAUCAUUUCAACAUGCUGAAUUUAAGGCUUUGGUUUUUAUUGGCGGUAUGUCUCAGCCUGACAAUUUCAAGCGAAGCGAGACGAAAGCUGAAACGAGAUCAAGAAGAGAGUCUUAAAACAAUUGAAGAUCAAUAUGACGAUCUUGGCGAGGUCGAGCCAUGCCAAUGCGGCGUGUUUAUGUCCCAGCAGGUCGGCAUCAGGGAGGGGCGGCGCGGCCGACCUCGUGGUCCGCCACAGGGCGAGCCUGUAGUCACCUACGACACCGACUCGCCGAGCUUGCCCUGUGGCACAGGAGGCUUCAAGCAUUGCAUCAGCAAAUGCCUCGAUGUGAUAUUGAAAUAUCUCCCGAGGGCCGGCCCAGUGAUUUGCGGUGCGGUGGAGCGUGACGUUCACAGGGAGAAAGCUUUCCUCUUCAUCAAGAACUGCGGUGCUGAUUGGACUCCAACCAAUUUCUCAGCUGGCAAGGAGUUCUGCUGUAAAGAUGGUCAGCAUCAGAAAUGU